CGGUUUCGUCCCCGGCCCACACACCCGGAAGCAGUGCACGCUCCCGUCGCUCUCACUCGCCUCUCUGCCGCCUUCUUCAGGCGCACAGGAGUUUAACUUCUGGCUCCAUAUGUGGAACUUAUUGACGGUAACCGUUCACUGAUAACCGAUUCGUGUGCAGGAAAACGGGCUCGGUGACUCGUUUUCACGGUGCCGUUUUAGAAGAGCGGAAAGCGCGCGAGCGGACCGCAGUGCCAUCCCCGCCGUCACACAGUGACAUUGACACAGACAUCAGUACGGUAGUGUUGUGCCGCCGUGCACGAGUUGAUGUGUGUACAGUGACGCUGAGCUCCCCGCAGGUUCCCCUCCACCGCCGCAGCCACAAUGAGCGAAUACUUCAGCCUGGCGGACUGUGAUGUUAUCGGCUUCGACCUGGACCACACGCUCUGCCGCUACCAUCUGAAGGAGACCUCCAGGCUCAUCUAUGAGAGCUUUACCAGGUAUCUGGUGGAGCAUAAAGGCUAUGACAAGGACCUGCUGAACCUAACCCCCGCCACCUGGGAUUUCUGUUUUAAAGGGCUCGUGGUCGAUUUGGAAGAUGGAAACCUUGUGAAGCUGGCUGAAGAUGGAACUGUCUUACGAGCAACACAUGGAACCAAUGACCUCAGCACAGAAGAGAUCAUCAAACAUUAUGGCCCAAAAAGGGAAUGGAAGCACUUCAAUAGCCUCAAUACCUCCUUCACAAGAUCUGCAAAAUACUAUUUCUAUGACAACUACUUUGAUCUACCAGGGGCUCUCCUCUGUGGAAGAGUUGUGGACAUGUUGCAUAAGCGAGGAAAUGAGGUGAAUUCCAACUUUUGGAAGGACAUGGUUGCUGCCAUUGACCACAAUUACAACACAUCUGCAUUCAAAGAUGAUGCAGGGACCUACUUCCCCAGUGUGAAGAGGGACCCAGGCCGGUACCUCCAGCCCUGCUCUGACUCCGUUAAGACCUGGCUGCGCAGCAUGAAGAACGCUGGGAAGGUCCUCCUCCUCAUCACCAGCUCCCACAGUGACUACUGCAGGCUUAUCUGUGAACACAUCUUGGGGAAGGAUUUUGAAGAGCUGUUUGAUGUGAUCAUCACAAACGCACUGAAGCCUGGUUUCUUUUCUUUGGUCCCUCAGCAGAGGCCCUUCAGGACCCUUGUUAGCGACGUGGAGGAGAGCGAGGGGCUGCCGUCGCUCGACAAACCCGGCUGGUACUCCCAGGGCAACUGGCCUCACCUCCACGAGCUGCUCAAGACCAUGACGGGGAAAACAGAGCCCAAGGUCGUGUAUUUUGGAGAUAGCAUGAGGUCGGACAUGUUCCCUGCCAGCAGCUUUGGGAAGUGGGAGACAGUAAUGAUCGUAGAGGAAAUGGAGGGGGAGGGCGUCCCAAAGAGUAGCGCCGCAAUGUCCAAUGAGGCCCAAGUGGAGCCGCUGGAGAAAAAGGGAAAGUUUGAGGAGCAGGGCAUGAAGGCACCGUCCGCUGCGUCAAACCAGUGGGGCUCCUACUUUGUCGAUGUACACCGAAGCGGAGGAGGGGACGAGGAGAGCCAGAAACUGACCUGGUGCUGCCACUGCAUUCACAAAUACAGCACCAUGGCCAUCCCCAGUGUGGAGCACAUAGCAGAUCUCCCUCUGGAUUAUAAAUUCCCCAGGUUUUCUCCUGACAAGCCCUGUACCACCGGCUACUACCCCAGGCCCCCGGAUUCUUUGCUGAAGAGGUGCGAGGGUUUGUCCUAAAAUCAAAAAUCAAUAAAAUAAAGAAAAAGGGAAAACGUUGAAGAAAAAAAAAAGAAGUCCUCCCUUACCCCUCUGCCUCAGGAGAGGAACGUGCCUCCAUUUUUGCCUGUAGUUUCCCACCUGACCCCGCCGCCAUCUGUGGAGCACAGGAAGCAUACAGUCCUCACCCGUUCAGAGAAACCAUGUGAAUGUAAGCCACAGUAUCUCUCUGUAAUAACGCCAACAUUUGAACGUCGUUUCGUGGUUUAGUGUACCGUACACGUGGAAAUACGACAUAAUAAGUGUGCGUGUGUGUGUCUGCAUACAGUAAUAAUAGGAAAUGUAGUGUUUUUAUUGUUUCAUAUGUGAGGCCCUCUAUUGUUUUCCAUGGUAAAUGGUAAAUUUCUUCAAAGUUUUCCGAAAUAAAGUGAACAUUUUACCGUCUCUUUAUCCCUGAAGUGAUUACCUCAAGAACGUUCUCCACUGUAAGCAGAUGGUCACAGUGUGUUUGUCCCCUAAAAACCUCUUAAGAAUCAUUGUGUCAGUAUUUCUGUAUAAGUUAUUGUGAGCUCUUUCUUUCAAUAUACUUUGACUGUAUGCAUUUUAGUGACCGUAACAUGAGGUCUGGUGUUUCCCUCAUGUCAGUUUCGUAGAGGGUGUUAAUCUUCAGGUCAUUGUUGCUAAAGACAAGGCACAAUGCUGUCCUUCAUGUUGGCCGUUUCAAACAAUAAUAAUAAUAAGAAUAAUAAUAACGGAUGAAGAAGACUAUGCUCGAUGUUCUCAGUAUUAUUUUUUGGUGCCAGUGACAUGUGCUUUUUGAGUGAUUGUGUAAAAAAUGUGGACUACUUGUGCUUCAUUCAUAUGCAGUACCAGACGAAGAUAUGCUUUAGCCGACUUCUGAAUGGUUGUUUUGUUGGCGUGCAUAGACGAGUUGUGCCAUAAUAUUCAAGGAACACUCCGUUUGGGCGAAAUCUGUGGAUGUUUACUUUUUGCUGUCAAGUCACGGAGGAUUGAUUUUCCAUUUUAUCUCUGUGCAUCCGGGAAGUGUUUAGCCUAGCUUAGAACCAACUGGAAUACAUGGGGCACAAAUGUGGUGCAUCACGUAGGCAGUGCAGGGUUUGUUCAUUAACUGGAUUGUUUUAAGUACAGGAUCAUAGAUACACAUUGCUUCGGUUAGAUAGAACAAAAAUAGACUAGAUAUGUAAAAUGGGGAUGAGAGGCAUGAUGCUGCACAGCUUUCAUGGUCAAUGGAACAGCUUCAGUUAAUUAAAAUGGAUGCACCAUGUCCAUAGCCCCAUGUAUUUUAGCUGUGAGACUGGACCACAUCAAAACUGUAUUAAAAAUACAAUUUAAAUCAAUAAAGUGUAUUUGUGACAUGAAGUCAUAUAAGGUACAGUCACACCAGUUCCUUUAAUUUAUACAAAAAAAAGAUUCCUAGAAUGGAAAUAAUUACUUGGAUCAAAGUGAUGUCAUCUGUUUGGAUCAGUUCAGGUCCACCACAUUUAGUCUCAGUCCUAAUUAUCCUUAGGUCUUUUGAGAUGAAGUCCAGUCCUAAGGUCAGGUUGGGUCUUUGAUAAUUACUUCAUACACGUAAAGUUCGGUGAGGUUUCCUGCAUUUUGGAUUGGGCCUAAAAAUAUUCAUUUAGAUUCUGAUGUAAACGUGGUAGCAAGAGAGAGGAGAGAGGACGUUUCAGAUAUAUGGCUGCCACUUUCUUGUGACUUCACUUUUGUCCUUGACUUUAGUGCCAAAUCCCAAACCCGUCCACGUUACUCCUCAGGUGGUUUGGUGUCAUCUGUUCAGCACAUUUAGCUAGUUCACUAGUUUGUUAAGGGGCAGCCAAUAGAACAGAGUGACCAUGAACUUUACAAAUGCCUUCUACUGGAGAACAAGGUCAGCCUCUCGCACUGUAAAUUGUAGUUUCGGAGAGAUUGUUUUUCUGUCUGAACUGUAGUUUGAGUUAGCACCUAAAUUCGCUUCUUCUAAGCUCACAAACUACAAUGUUUUUUUAGAAGUGCUUCUGACAAAGUCAGAUUAGUUAUCUAGCUUCUUUUAGUCUUUGUACUAAGCUGGGCUAAACAUCACUAUGCUAACCAGGCAAAGAUGAUACUGUAGGUAAGUUUCCAGACAAGAAAGUUUCCCCAAAUGUGGAAGUGUUCCUUUUAAAAUGACCAUCAUCUCACAAAUGACGGGAGAAUAUUAGGACAAUAAGCAGCAUACAACUGUCAGCAUGGAUGUGAGAUUGGGCAUCCGAGUGAUUUAUUACUUGUGCUGUGUGUGCAAGUGUGUUAUGCAUACAGCUGUUGUGAUUGUACUCUUCUUUUCUCAUCUGACCUGGAAAAUUUGACUUGCACAUUUGCCUUAUGUUGGAUUCAUUUGUGCUCUUAUGUUCUUUAAAACACAGGGAAAGUUCAAGUCUGUGUUCCAGUGUUGAAGUACUGUCGAAAUAAAAAUGUUCUACAAUUUUCCUA